GUUCAGCUAACUGGCAGAGCGCACGUAACGGAAACCGGGCGAGAGUUUUAUUGUUUUUCUCUGGACGCUUUAUAGUAUUAUGUUGAAUAUUGAAAGCCAGACGUGCGUGAGCGCCAUCUAGCGGCGAGACGAUCACAUCCUAACGUAUCGAAAGUGCCUCUGCGUGUUUGUGUGUGUGUGUGUGUGUGUGUGUGUGUGUGUGCGCGCGUGAACUAAUUGCGAAUUGUAAAUACCGAUACUUAAAAAUGCCGACGGCUUUGCAGCCGCUGACACAGGGCUAGCCGAACAUCUGCCUCGAGGCAAAAAAACAACAGCAGCAGCAGCAUUGUGUCCAUUGAAAACUGGCUACACUUAUGUCCACGCUGGCCAGCAGUCGCCAUCCGACGCUGAAUCUGACACUGAAACGCAGCCCCGGCAACCAGCAGCGAGAACAGGAAGAAGGAACGGCGGUUGCAAUGCAUCCCGAUUGCCUGCCACUGCCACUGCCGCUGGGCCCAGCUGGCAGCCAUGGGAGCAGCCCGCAGCUGCAGAAGCCCGACGAUGGAGAGGAGGACGACGGCUCCAACUGCGACGAGCAUAUGGUGAACAUACUGGACGACCAGGAGCCCAACGAGGAGGAGGACGAAGAGCUCGACGAUGCCGCCAGCUGCUGCAGCGAGAACAGCGUGCUUAGCGUAGGCCAGGAGCAGUCCCAGGUAGCUGCCGCCCAGGCCAGGCAGCGUCUGCUCAUGAGUCAACUCUACCGCCCGUCGGCAUUCAGCAGUGUCUCCAACUCCCACUCUCACGCUGCCGAGGAUCCUGGCGGUGGCAGUCCCUUGCCCCACAUGCCUGCGCCGGCCAGCUUUCAGGAGGAGUUUCUGCGCAAAUCCCAGCUCUAUGCGGAGGAGCUGAUGAAGCAGCAGAUGCAGCUUAUGGCCGCCGCCAGGGUCAAUGCGCUCACAGCCGCCGUGAUGCCGUUGGGCGGCCUGCGCGGCCCCAAGGUGUCACAGCAGCUGCAAAUGGCCGCUGCGGCGGCGGCAGCUGCCGCAAUGCGACCCAAUUCUGGACAGGAUGCUCUUGCUCAGCUGACGGCCACAGCGUUGGGCAUUGCCCCGGUCGCGCAUCCUCACCAGCUGCUCAUGCAACAGCAGCUCCAGCAGCAGCAGCAGCAGCACCAGCACCAGCAGCAACAGCAGCAGCAGCAGCCCAAUCCCUUCCAGGCACAGCAGAGCAAUCACAACUACAACAACAACAAUCUCAACGAGAACAUGCACGAGCGGGCGCUCAAGUUUAGCAUUGACAACAUCCUCAAAGCGGACUUUGGAUCACGUCUGCAGCAGCGCCUGGCCGCGACCGGGGCAGCUGCUGGAGCAGUUGGCGCAGCGCCGCUCAAGACGCCUCGAAAGGCCGUCAAGCCCCUGAAUCUGGUCCAGGCGCAAACGCAGUCGCAGUCACAGCCAGGUCUGCAGCUGCAGACACAGACACAGCCCAGCCUGAGCUUCUCCAGCACGCUGGCCAACAUCUGCAGCAAUAGCAACGACUCCAACAGCACCGCGACCAGCAGCAGCACCAACAAUCCGGCAGCCGUUGACCUGGUCAAGUCGCCGAGCGCCACAUCGCCGGCGCCCGCAGCGGCCGGCGGCAAGGCUUCAGAGGAUGGAACAGCCGCGACAGCCUCGACAUCGACCAGCUCCACGCCCAUUGUGUGGCCCGCUUGGGUCUAUUGCACGCGCUACAGUGACCGCCCCAGCUCAGGUCGAAGUCCGCGAACUCGCAAGCCCAAGAAGCCAGCGGCUACCAGCACUGCGGGCAGCAGCAGCGGCGACAAGUCCGAUCCGGAUGGCGCCUCCGGAUGCGCUGGCGUGCCGGAGGACAAGCGACCCCGCACCGCCUUUAGCGGCACUCAGCUGGCCCGACUGAAGCAUGAGUUUAAUGAGAACCGCUACUUGACAGAGAAGCGCCGCCAGCAGCUGAGCGGCGAGCUGGGCCUGAACGAGGCGCAGAUCAAGAUCUGGUUCCAGAACAAGCGCGCCAAGCUGAAAAAGUCGAGCGGCACCAAGAAUCCGCUAGCGCUGCAGCUAAUGGCCCAGGGCCUCUACAAUCACUCGACGGUGCCGCUGACGCGUGAGGAGGAGGAGCUGCAGGAGCUGCAGGAGGCGGCGGCGGCGGCGUCAGCGUCAGCGUCGGCAGCGGCCGAGCCAUCAUAGGGGCAAUAUUUAUUGUAUAAUUAACCAUAAUAUUAAUAUUUAAAUUUAUUGUGUAGCGUGUAAGCUUAGUGCUUAAAGUUGCUAAACAAUUAAGUUGUAAAAUAUUCUAGUCCCCCCUCGGCGCACGCGACGUGAUUUGCCCGCUCGGAUGCGGAUGUGGAUGCGGACGCGGUGGAGAUGGAGUCGUAGCUGCCCCGCGCUGCGCUGCGUGUUUUUGUAUAAUAAACUUAGAAACAGAAAAAGAAAAAAUAAUGCAAAAAGAAAAGAAAAAAAUAAACAA